GGGGAUUCGGCACAACCUAGAGGCCAUGUGUGGUAUUUAAUAUUUCCUAAGCGUGAAAAUACCGAUCCAUCGACGCUUUGUCAACGAAGCAGUUGCCUGUCAGCUCAGUGCUAGAACUGCUUGAAUGUAGGUUGGAACGGACAAUCUGCAUGGGCUAUAUCUCUCAUCAACCCAGCGGCAAGACAAGGAUCCAAGAAUGGUUUUAGUGCAUGUCGGAUAUCUGGUUCUUCCUGUAUUUGGCUCAGUAAGAAAUAGAGUUUCGAGGCUGGCUCUACAUUCUGCAUUUAUCAGAUCUUUGUCGUCCCUCCCAUUGUGUAGCUAAUGAUCAUCUGCUGCUGCUGUGUGGUGUGGCGUGGCCUCUGCCUGUUCUCUGCAUUUAGCUGUAUUGAAUCCCUUCUUCAUUUCCUCUUUCCAUCAGAAGACGACAUUGGUGUAUAUAUAUAACAACAACAAAAAUGUAUCAUUCAACCAUAGAGUAUAUGUGGAUAAACUAAAACAAAUAGCUAACACCUAUAGAAUAACUUUUUGUCUUUGUCAAGUUGUUGUAGAGUUAACACAUUUUUAGCUCUUAAAGAGAAUCAAAUGUAUGUCAUUGUGUACCUCCCAUUCAGUCUUGAUUAUGACAACAGCCUACUGUAAAUCCCUGUAAAGUGGAUACAUUUUGCAUGGAUUCUAUUUCUGCACUGCUUUACUGAACACCAGAAUUUGGCAAAUUUUCCUUUUUUUCCCCAUGGAAAAUGCAUUGUACAAAGGUAGCUAAAUAAUAGUACAUUUUGCUCCAAUUGGCAUUUUUUUUACAUGUACAAUUACAUGUAAAGCUUAUGCAUUGUCAUAUUUCAUUGAAUAUGAUCACACACACAAUUAUAAUUAUCUGAGUGAUUUCAAAAUAGACAACACAUCAACAUUUUAUAAAUACUGGUACACUUCACCUCUUCCCAACAACCUGUCAUAACCACCUCCAUUUGUGUAACCCUUUUGUUCUUCUUGAAAAUGUAAAUCUUUGAAACACUGAAUUAUCAGGCCUUUUGCUCACUAAAGCCAAAACCAAAUCGCAAUGCUAUAAGUGUAGAUACUCUCACUGGUUGUUCACUUCCCAAUGAGCCUCCCCACUAACAAAAGUACAAAAUGCUAUCCAUUUCACAGGGAUGCUUAUCUCCUGCACUGCUACAGUAAACCUUCUAGCAGAGUAAUAACGUAUUUUAUUGUUUGGUUGUGGUCUCUCUUUACCUUUUUGUUCUGGUAAUGGUACUUUCAAUGCAUGGUCACAUUAUGAUUCAUAUGAUUUUUUUUUAUUUUUUACAUUGAAUAGUAAAUUCCAAUGUAAUCUUUCUGUAGUAAAGAUGUACCCUACCGUGCUGUAGCCAACCACAUCUGCUCAUUAGAUGCUGCUUCUGUUCUUAUUAACCCUAUAUGGAGCAUGGUGGGCCUUGCCUUCAGUCAAUGUUGUUUAUUUUUGUUGCAUGGUGUUUAUAUUAUCAUUAUUACAACAACAAAAACACAAAUUCCACAAACUAAUAUUUUUCAAUAAAGAAUAUAGUAUUUUUCCUAACCUUCAGUGUGCUUCUUGCUGAUUUCCAUUUAUUGUCUUUAGCCCUCCCCUCGUCCCUACCUGCCCCCUUCCACCCCACCCACCUCUCCUGCUGUGACAAAGAUAGACAAUUUCAAUGCUUUUAUCAUCACAAGGCCUGAAUGAGUCUAUCCCCUGUCAUUCAUGGUGAUUGUACCACUGAGACAAUUGAAAGUGCAGUGUGCCACAGUUGAUCCUUGGAUCAAAUGCUUCUCUAUUAGGAUUUAACCAUUCUGAUUAGUGACUGGUUAGGAGCUGAAUGUGACCAAAAAUACCCCACCUCAUUCAGAUGUUUCUGAAAGAUUACAGAGCCUUGACUCUUUUACAAGGCAUUUUGUAGCACUGCACCUUCAAGUCUUCUCCAACUUAAUGACCCAAAUGCAAUGUAGACUUUGCCUUUUUCUCAGUUGUAGGGCUUUCACCUGUUUUCAUCUGAAUGUGUUAUCCACUCUACCACCAACACUUUAGCAUGUUCUUCAUGUUAGAAAAGGUGAAGGUGACUUUCACAAAGGCCUAGACAUAGGUCUGUCCCACAUUGUUUGUGCUAGGCUGCGUAUAGCUCAGUGCAUAGAUUCAGUUUACAUUUGUUUGAUGUUAUUUUUCCAGGACUUCUCUUGCUGCCCGAGUCCAAAAUGCAUUUUACCGCAAUGGAAAACAUGUCACUGACUAUGAAAUCUCGUCCUAUAAAUUUUGUUCUCCCCUUUCAAACAUAUUUUGUCAUAUUGCCAUCAAUGUCACAAUGCAGCCUACGCCACCUUCAUGCUAAUUGCAAUCCAUUCCCAUUCCUAUCAAUAAUCAAUGUUAUUUCCAUUAGAAUUGUCAGCCCUAUAUAGUAUGGAGACAGUGCACUGUACUAGUCUCUGAUUCAACAGCAGCCUGUUCUCUUCAGCUGCCAAAUAGCUGUGGUUGGAAGAGGGGAAAAGUACUGUCAAGCUAUUUCCUCUGCACCAACGAAUCUACACAUGGGAAAAGUUUGGGUAGCAGUGUGUGUCAGUGAGAGUAAGAUACAGGCCUAGGCAGUAUUUGAAUUGAUUUCUUGAAGGAGAUAGACACAUAUGUUGUAGGCUUUAUGUAGCCUUGGCCUUGACUCGUGCUCAUAGAUAUUUCACAUCUUGGCAUUUGCUGUUAGAUAUUUCUGGGUAGUGAUGUAUAAACAGACACAUCAUUGAUGUUGUGCUAUAUAAUGUUACCCACAGUUCAACAAGUGAAACAGUUAUCAGAAAAAGGACACACUCACAGCAAUGCUAUCACAUUGUUAAAAUCCUCAGUGAUUAUAAAGGAUGAACAGUUUGUGUCAUAAAAAAAGAAACAUGUUGAAGUUGCAGAACAUUUCUGGCAGCACUUCUAUCGAAGGGAUUUAAGGUCAUUCAGAUAUAUUACCGGUACCCCUAGAUUUUAAAACUAGAUUCAUUUGAAAAGCACUCUGUUACACAAUUUAAAUGCACAAUCCCGGGCACGCACAUUGCCGAAGAGUCAGAUGCCCAGAGGUGAGAAUCCAACCAGAAGGUCAAAUGUCACAUGAUGCCAUAAUAGACCGUGUUUGGAAAUAUUAACAUUUUCCAUGCAGGUUUGAAUGUGUUACUUCACCAUAUCUCCCUAUCCCCUGAUGUAAGUUUCACCAUAGGUAAGAGUUAGGGCUUUUGUAAAGAUCCUCCUACAGAAACACAAUUACAUCACAGAAACACACACUCCAUGUCACAAACACAAUAAAUUCUAACCUACCGUUUCUCUCUCUCAGGUGUCUGACUCCCUCUCAUUGUUUCCACAGGAUCCCACUUUAACCGGCAGCAGCAGCAGCAUAGCCAUGCUACCUCUUGCCGGCACUUCCAGCUAGGCCCCCAGGCCCAGCUGCCCAUUGACUUCCCAAUGCCCCACGCAGGUCAGCCCCAGUCGGGCAUCAACCCCCACCUGGCUCCCCCUGGCCACCAACAUUCUCCCCAGCUCCAUACGCCCCUCAACCCCCUACCCCCCACACCCCAGUUCCAGGACCUCUCUGCCCCCCCUUUCCUACCUCAGGCCUUACACCAGCAGUACCUCCUCCAGCAGCAGAUCCUAGAGACCCAGCACCGGCGCAUCAUGCCACCUUCCAGCAGACACCAGCCCCACAGACUGCGGCCGGGUUACGAGUUUGCUGCCGCCCUCCACAUCCCCCCACAGCCUGCGGCCCAGCAGCCUCGCUACCUGGCUGAAGGCACAGACUGGGAUUUGAGUGUGGACGCGGGGCUCCCUCCUCCUCAGUACCACGUCCGGCCACUGCCCCAGCACUACCAUCACUACCUGACAUCUCCCAGGAUGCAUCACUUCCCCAGGAACAAUGCUUCCACCCAAGUGGUUGUCCAUGAGAUCAGAAACUACCCGUAUCCUCAGUUACACCUGCUGGCCCUGCAGGGCCUCAACCCCUCCCGCCACGCAUCCGCUGUGAGAGAGAGCUAUGAGGAGCUACUGCAGCUGGAGGACAGGUUGGGCAGUGUGAACCGAGGGGCUGUCCAGACCACUAUUGAAAGGUUUACCUACCCUCACAAAUACAAGAAGAGGAUACCUCAGGACCUUAAGCUAGGGCUGGAGGAUGAGGAACUGGAUACAGAUGAGAAGUGUACCAUCUGUCUAUCAAUGCUGGAGGAUGGAGAGGAUGUCAGGAGAUUACCCUGCAUGCACCUCUUCCACCAGGCGUGUGUGGACCAGUGGCUGGCCACCAGUAGGAAAUGCCCCAUAUGCAGGGUGGACAUUGAGACCCAGCUGGCACCAGACAGCUGAUGCCUCCUAUCCCUGCCCCCAUCUUGUAAAACCCCACCUCAUCCCUAGGGGGAGCUCUGCCAAACGUCCCCCUUCCCAUCUGCAUCACAUAUGAGCCUGCCUUCUGAGCCAGCUGAAGAAGACAAUGAACGGGAGGGGAGGUGAGAGGGAUUAACAAAGCACACUGAUCCAAACAAUAGAGAAACAAAAGAGGCCGGUGGAUGGAUGAAGAAGAGUGACAGAAGGGUGCCAGAAUGUAUGGACAGAUUUGCAGGGUCUUGAUGAGUCUCCAUCAGGGUUUUGCACCGUAGCAUUAGCUUCUCCAUACACUCAGAGAUGAGAUCCUCCAUCAACCCCCCUAGCGAGCGUGUGUGUUGUGUUGUUGGGUUUGUAUAUAGGCCUAUUCUCUACCGCUGAUGUGUACUGGUCUCACUCCCUCUUGAUGAAACCCAAAACUCUGAGCUCUAGCUACAGCACAUCUGUGCGAAACAUAACAAAAUAGGAAAUCAGCAGUGGGAUGUUUCUUGAAAUGAGCUUCUGUGGCCUAAUACAUACGGCAUUAUGGAGUGUAGUAGUCUUGUUAUUGAUCACCAGUAUUUAACAGGGUGACAGUGUGGUGUAGCAAGCAGAAAUCCCACUUUAAGAAAUAAGGUGGGGGAAAAAUACAAAAGGGGGAAAUACUCCUCUUUAAAAGAGGGUAAUAGGCGUACAGGCAGCCUUUAGGCAAUGAGGAAGUGCUAGCUAUGUACAAAGGCCAAUCAAUAGGUGGAUUUCCAGUACAGUAGAUCUCUGCUAUCACAGUGGAUGCUAGAGAUGCUAACCAGGCAUGGCUUCAGUGGUUUGUAUUGUGCUGUAUUGGGGCCUCUAUACCCUAGAACUGAGGCCCCAGAUAUGCAUGCUGUAUGGCAGGCUUGGGCUGUCUUGUGAUUGUGGAGCAGUAGGAAGUCUGCGCAGGAUGACGUUUAUUGUCAUGAGUCUUGUCCUGGAGGCAGAACUCAGCGAUUUCCACUAGACGGAACAGCUGCAAAGUCAGAAUUGGCUAUAUUGUAAAAAUUAAUUAAAACAAUUUUAGGUUAGGGUUAGCAGUGUGGUUAGGUUUAAAAUCAGAUUAUAUGACUUUGUGGCUGUGCCAGCUAGUGACCACUCUGCAGAGCUACCUCCAGAACAAGAUUCAUUACAGGGGGGGAAAACUGAAAAGUCCGCAGUAUCUCUGCAUGUGAACCGUACACUGCAUGACUCUCUCCCUCAUCCAUGGAGCAGGAUGAAGUUUCCCUUAGAUGCUGAUCUUAGGUCAGUGUUGCGUCUCCCCUCCUAAUAAUUAAGAUUAGAAUUGGAGAGGAACGCUGAUUAUAGAACUGUGCCUAUGGGCAACUUCUACUCACAGCCUCAUCCAUAGCACGAUCUUUAAGGCUGGCAUUGGCUGGAGGAUGCAGUGUCUGUGUAUUGUCUUUAGAGUGAAUACAAUGUAGUUAUUUUCUAACAUACACUACCAUUCAAAAGUUUGGGGCCACUUAGAAAUGUCCUUGUUUUUGAAAGAAAAGCAAUUUUUUUGGUCCAUUAAAAUAACAUUUAUCAGAAAUACAGUGUGUUAAUGUUGUA